AUGUCUGGACGUCCAGGUGUGCUACUUCCCCCAAUCAACUUCAUCUUCCGGCUUCUUCAAACCCGCGCGACCGUCUCGAUAUGGCUCUACGAGAACUUGGGGAUGCGCAUUGAAGGAAAACUAAGGGUGCGUGCUACACAAAAACGGAAAAGACUUCGAGGAUGUAUAUUGACUGAACUGCAGGGCUUUGACGAGUUCAUGAACCUGGUUAUUGAUGAUGCGGUUGAGGUCACAUUGUCAAAGAAAGAUGCUCCUGAGGAGCGGAGGAAGCUUGGUCAAGUACUUCUCAAGGGUGACAAUAUCUCCCUCAUCCAGCAACUCCAAUGA